CUCGCCAGCAAAUACUCCAAAAUGAAGCGCAAGGUUGGAGCUCUCGAGAAGAUCGAGGCAGAUCACGCGGCGCUCCGCUACAAGAUAAAACGCGACCCCCAGAGCUACCAGGACGACUUCAACAACCAGUACCAGCAGUACGAGACGCUGCGCGAUCUUUUCCUGCAGAGCCCCUCCACCACAGACUCUGGCAUUGUGGCGCUGAAGGACCUGAUUGAGUUCGUCUCCCACUGCGCCGACUGCUACCCGACUCUCACGAGCAAGUUCCCCGAGGAGCUCACCCAGAUUCUGCUGCAGCAUCAUGAAGUGCUGGAGUAUGAGCUGCGCGACAAGAUUGUGGGGAGUCUGUGUCUGCUCCGCAACAAGGACGUCAUCGACUCCAUCGCCCUCUUGAACACCCUCUUCCCCGUUCUCGUCUCGACGCCGAGCAAGUCUCUCCGCCAGCUGCUCUUCACCAAGAUCCUCUCCGACCUGCGCUCCUCCAACAACAAGUCCACCAACCACAAGCUGAACCGCACGAUCCAGACGGUCCUGUACAACCUGCUCGAGUCCGACAAGGAGUCACCAAAGGGCAUCUGGGCUGUCAAGAUCACACGAGAGCUCUGGAAGCGGCAGAUAUGGACCGAUGCGCGUGCCGUCGAGGUCAUGCGCAUGGCAGCGCUGAGUGAGAACGAAAAGGUCAUCACGGGUGGUGUGCGUUUCUUCCUUGGUGGCGACAAAGAGCGAGAGGAGGCGGCAGAGGAAAGCAGUGACGACGACCACGACGUCGACAUGGCUCGACUACGCCACCAGGCUGGCAUAAACAAGAAGUCGAAAAAGACGGGGCGCGACCUGAAGAAGGCCGCGGCCACAGUCAAAAAGAAGGAGAAGAAGAAGAGUGCACCUCAUCCGUUGAACUUCUCGGCCCUCCACCUCCUUCACGAUCCCCAAGGCUUCGCAGAAUCGCUAUUCUCCAAGCACGUCCAGAACUCAAAGUCCAAGCUGACACUGGAGUCACGACUACUUGUGCUUCAGCUCGUAUCGCGUCUCGUUGGUCUGCAUAAGCUUACAGUCCUGUCCCUCUACUCGUACUUCCUCAAACACCUUACCCCCCGACAAGCCUCUGUGACGAGCUAUCUGGCUUGUCUCGCGCAAGCAACACACAACUAUGUGCCCCCAGACGUCCUCGAGCCGCUCGUCCAGAAGAUUGCAAACGAAUUCGUGUCUGAAGCUUCAGCCUCUGAAGUGGCAGCAGCUGGAUUGAACGCCAUUCGUGAGAUUUGCGUGCGCCAGCCGUUAGCCAUGACGGACACAUUGCUACAGGAUCUAGUUAUGUACCGUAAAUCAAAAGAUAAGGGUACAAUGAUGGCUGCCAAGGGUCUGCUAUCGCUCUACCGUGAAGUCGGCGCCGAGCUUCUGCACAAGCGUGACCGCGGCAAAGACGCCGCAAUGGGCGUACGCGCCGGAACCAUCAAGGAGCGUCGAUACGGUGAAGAAGCAGUCGGCGAGAUCGAAGGCAUCGAGCUGCUCGAGAAGUGGAAGGAGGAAGAACGCCGCAAGAAGCGCGAAGCAGCCGGUCUAGACCCCGACGUCGACGAUGGCUCAGAGCUCGACUCAGGCGAAGACUGGAAGAAAUGGGACGUCGAAUCCGACGCCGACAGCGACGACUCAGGCGGCUGGAUAAACGUCGAAUCCGACGGCGAAGACAUCAACAUCAGCGACAGCGAAGACGAAAAAGACAAGCCCAAAGCAAAGAAAGCAAAACUAGACCCCACCACCACCAGCGAAACCCCAGCGCCCACAGACUCCAAACAAACCGACGCAGACAUCAAAUCAAUCUCAAAACUCCUCACGACUACCAUCCUCACCCCAGCAGACCUCAAGCAACUCAAAGCCCUCCAGGAAUCCGCCGCCGUAAACGCACACCUCCCCUCCCACAAGCGCGCACAGCUCCUCGCCCAGCGCCACGCAGACGAGGCCAUCACAGCCGAGACCAUCGAAGCCGCCGCCUCCCUCGGCAAGAAGAACACGCGCGAGGAGAAAAUCGCAAUGGCCAAAGCCGACCGCGAGACGAACCAUCAGUCCACUACUGCGAAGCGCAAGGCGAAGAAGGAGGCUGAGGGCAAGAGUACGACGAAUAAGGAGAAGGCGCGGAAGAAGAAUUUCCUCAUGACGCUGGGUAAGGCGAAGAGUAAGAAUAAGAGGAGUUUGGUCGAUGUGAGGAAGACGCUUAAGGGGCAUGUGGAGAGGAGUAAGAGGGGGGGUAAGAGGGGUAAUCAGAAGGGUGCUAUGCCGUAAUAGAUGGGAGUGUGGAAUGGAAUACGUGCAUGAAUACGAUU